UUGAACGUUGACGUCACUGCAUAGUGAAAAUUGUGGCGGCCAUUCGGGACUUUUUCCUCGUUCAGUGUCGACCUUCACAAGCCGGGCCAAAUUAGAGGGGAAUCAGGGAGUUUGGGUAGAUUUUGAACCACAUAAACAUUACUGAGGUGAUAGUUAAGAAACUGCUUCAGCAUGGGGGAAUUAACAACGAGCAAAACGGAAGCGAAGGAACUGGACCAGUGGAUAGAGCAGUUGAUGGAGUGCAAGCAGCUACAAGAGACCCAAGUCAAAACGUUAUGUGACAAGGCAAAAGAGUACCUGACUAAAGAGUCCAACGUUCAAGAUGUGAAGUGUCCUGUCACCGUGUGCGGAGACGUCCAUGGGCAGUUCCAUGACCUGAUGGAGCUUUUCCGGAUCGGGGGUCGCUCACCAGACACCAACUACUUGUUCAUGGGAGACUAUGUUGAUCGAGGGUACUACUCUGUGGAGACGGUCACUCUUCUAGUAGCUCUUAAGGUUCGUUUCCCGAAGCGAAUCACCAUCCUGCGAGGCAACCACGAAAGCCGACAGAUCACACAAGUAUAUGGGUUUUACGACGAAUGUCUACGGAAGUAUGGGAAUGCAAACGUUUGGAAAUACUUCACAGAUUUGUUUGACUUCCUCCCACUGACGGCGCUGGUGGAAGGACAGAUUUUCUGCCUACACGGAGGACUGUCCCCAUCUAUUGACACGCUGGACCAUAUCCGUGCCCUGGACCGUCUUCAGGAGGUUCCCCAUGAAGGUCCGAUGUGCGACCUGCUGUGGUCAGACCCAGAUGACAGGGGAGGCUGGGGGAUCUCCCCUCGGGGGGCAGGUUACACCUUUGGACAGGACAUCUCCGAGACCUUCAACCACAGCAACGGGCUCACCUUGGUGUCCAGAGCACAUCAGCUUGUCAUGGAGGGCUAUAACUGGUGCCAUGAUCGGAACGUGGUGACCAUUUUCAGCGCGCCAAAUUAUUGCUACCGCUGUGGCAACCAGGCCGCCAUCAUGGAACUUGAUGACACUCUGAAGUACUCCUUCUUGCAGUUUGACCCCGCCCCACGCCGCGGCGAGCCACACGUCACAAGACGCACCCCAGACUACUUCCUGUAAACGGUGGCGGUUUGGGACCCCUGACUCACCCUCUCAGUAAAAGUGGACCAUACCCUGGCCAUAUGCUAUACCACAAAAAAUGGGACGAAUUCCAGCCAGCAGAAAUGCUUAGAACAUGUCUUUCUGUUGUUUACCAGAUCUGUGUGUGGUGAUAUUAGCUUGUUUAAAUUGUAACAAAAAGUUACGUCUGUAUGACAAUAUGGGGUUCCUAAUCUUUUGAUCUAUUCAAUUGUUUUUCCGACUAUGAUACUAGUUGCUUCCUUUGACUAAAGUGUACAUUUGGGCCUGGCCCGUCCAAGGAAGUGAAGUAAAACCUUACCAGAUAGGGGGUAUGGACAUAAGUAUCUUGUUGGUUGAAUCUAUUCGGACGUAUCAUGUAUAAAUAUAACAGGAGAAAUAAUAAUUUGAUUAUCUGUACUCUUCUAGCUUAAGUGGUCAGGAUUGUAACCAAUUUUACAUUAUUCCAUAAUCGGUCGUUUAAGUAUUUCUACAGGGAGAGGGGAUGUUGGUGUUUUCAUACUAAAACUUGCAUCUUCGUAUUUUCACAAGAUGAAGGUAAAUCCUGUACAACGAUGAAGAGGCUAAGAAGAACAGCGUGGUCCUAGUAACCAAAAAAAAUGAGUUAGUACGUGGUCUCCAAUUUUAAACUGGCAGAGCAGUUAUGAUCACAAUGAGGUGAAAAACAGUUACCUUAACCAUUAAAAUUCCAUGUUUUUGAACUCAAGCCAAGGGGAAAAUUGUUAUUUCUAAUACUAGGUUUUGACACCGUGUAUAUCAUGUGUAAUCUUCUGGUAUUCUCACUUAUGAGGGGGCACCGAAAUUCAUGCUUUUUGACUGGUACAGUUACAAAAUUAUUUUGUGUGCCCCUUUCAUGAAUUUUUAUACCAAGAGAGAAUGUAUUAUUAUUCGUAAAAUUUGUUUUCUAUACCACACACGUCUGGCGUGUUAGAGCAGCAUCACUCACGCGAGUCAUUACUGUAUCUGACAAAUAAUCAUUCACCAGUACAACAAAGUUUGUCUCUAUCCUUUUAGUUUUCAUUGCUGUGAAAGUAACGUACUACUGGUAGUGUAAUAUCUUGUUGAAUGCCUUCUUACUUUUGUGUAGAUUUUGGAAUAUGGACGGAAUAGAACUUUUUAUUUCCAAACAAUUUUUCCGAUGUUUUUCCCUCUCAGGAUAUUUCCAUGUCUCUCUCUAUACACUUUGGUGUUGGUUGUAAUCCUUGACACUAGACAGUAACCGAACCUAUUUUGUCAAUAUAGAGGACUUGUGGUAUUGAACCCAGUGUCUGCACAGUCCAAGGCAUUCUUCAUGAUUAAAAUGAAGUAGACAAACAUUCUACAUACUGAGGGAACCACUGAAGAAAAUUCUUUAAAACUUUCCAACUAAUUGUUGAGCUUUCCUACAAAAAAUACAACAUGCUUCUCAUGAUGUUUAGCCCACACGAAUUUAUUUCCUUGAUUCUCGGACAUUCUACGGUGAAAAUGUAGCAAGCGGACAUCGUAAAACUAGGGCAGGGAGGAACACUGGAAUAUGGCUUCACAAAGUAAAGCUGUAAAUUUGGUCCGCUGCCUUUGUUUUCAUUACGUUUUCCAGAAUUUUUUAAAAUCCGAGAACCAACUGAUUAAAUUGUUGUGGCCUUAUGUCCAACUGUAAUAAUACCCUUAUUUGAAGUGUUGUGUUUCUACAUCUUUAGAGGUCUUUUUUUUUCUUGUAGACUUCUGUAGAUUACAGGUGCAUCAAGCAGUGCCAGGAAAUGAACCUAAUCUACUGACUACAUUGUCUGUGUACUGUUAUAGUACUUCAACUGAAUAAAAAAAACUUAUGUUAUG